AGCAGUGUGAAACGCGCGGGAGUUUGUAACAGCAGCAGCAGGAUUUCUUGUGGAUGAGGAUGCUGUUCCGCACUGUGCUGAGUAGCAGGGUUUGCAACACAAAGAGGGAGCCCCACAACUACCCUUUGGAGACUUUGCUGCAAUAUUACCAGUGCAACCGACAUGAUGAGCACACGUCAAGUGGUGACCUUGGGGUGCCGGUUCCUCCUUUUGGCUGCUCGUGGUCCACAGCAGAGCAGUUACAGUGGGUCCUUGCAGUUGUAAAUGAAGAAGGUGUAGUCAGGUUAUACAAUACAGAAUGCCAUAAGAAGAAGGAUCCAAUUUUUCGAGCAUGGUUGGCUCACACCAAUGCAGUAUUUGACCUUGCUUGGGUUCCGGGAGAACCAAAAUUAGUUACAGCUUCAGGAGAUCAAACUGCAAAGCUGUGGGACGUGAGAGUGAGUGAGCUCCUCGGAACGUUUAAAGGCCACCAGUGCAGCCUCAAGUCUGUGGCCUUUGGGAAGCAGGAAACAGCUGUGUUUUGUACCGGUGGAAGAGAUGGCAAUAUAAUGGUCUGGGAUACUCGUUGCAGUAAGAAAGAUGGAUUUUACAGGCAAGUGAAGCAGAUCGCUGGCGCUCAUAACUCACAAGCCAAACAGACACCCCCAAAGCAAAAGAAACGGCGACCUACUGCCCGGGGACUUGCUCCGUCAGUGGAUUCGCAGCAGAGUGUGACGGUGGUGAUUUUUCGAGAUGAGAACACCUUGAUCUCUGCGGGGGCUGUGGAUGGUGUCAUCAAAGUGUGGGAUUUAAGAAAGAACUACACUGUUCUCCACCAAGAUCCUGUGCCAGUUCAGUCCUUCCUUUAUCCAGGCACCAGUGCACGAAAGCUAGGAUACUCCAGUGUUAUUUUGGACUCGACAGGCUCCAAUCUUUUUGCAAACUGCACUGAUGAUAUCAUUUACAUGUUCAAUUUGACUGGCUUGAAAACUGCACCAAUUGCAACCUUCACUGGCCAUCAGAAUAGCACCUUUUAUGUUAAGGCCAGUCUUAGCCCAGAUGAUCAAUUCCUUGUCAGUGGGUCCACUGAUAACAAUGCAUAUAUUUGGAAGGUCUCUGAUCCUCUUCAUCCCCCAACAGUGCUUCAGGGACACUCUCAAGAGGUGACGUCUGUAUCCUGGUGCCCUUCAGAUUUCUCAAAGAUUGCCACUUGUUCUGAUGAUAAUACUACGAGAAUCUGGCGCCUAAAUCGAAAAAUGGAUGUGACCAAGACAGAAUUGGUGGGGUCUGCCUGCCAAAAGAAGCAUUUGGAAAAAGACGUCAUCAUUCAGUCAAUACAUCGUACUCCAGCUAAAGCAUCACUGAUGGAAGGUCCCAAUUUGCCAUCGCCUCAGCAGGCUGCGUGUGCUCCUAAUGUUAGUGGAGACCUGCCUCGCUCUUCAAAUACCCCCAGCUCCGUAAGCCAGAGUUCCUUGGGCAAGAAUAGUACACCACGUCAGCUGGGCAAGUCCAGUUCCUCUUCACCGCCAAGUUCUUCCUCUGGGAAAAUGUCAAUCAGGGAAUGGAUGGUAAAAAGCCCCAGCCCUCCUUCCUCUCUCUUUGUUGCCCACAACACGUCAAGGACAGCGCUGAGCCCAGUUGGACAAAUUCAAUCAAAAGCCGUCUUGACAACAAUAAACAUUCCAACUUCAGAGAAGAGGGUCAAAAGGAGAUUGGACCGCUGUGAUGGGUUAGUAAUAAACAAUAACAAACAUGACGACAGCAGUCUCGCAGCACAACUCAGUCCUAUUUCUAAAAAAUGUAAAGUUGAUUUCUGCUGUGAAGAGGUGCAGGAAAGGGAAAACCUAUCUACAGAAGAAAAGGGGAUGAAAAACACUGGCCACAACUUUGGAGAAAACCUCCCUUUAGCUAGCCCUUUCCCCUGUCCAGACCUAGAAGCUUCCUCAACUUCAUGCAAGUCCCAACAGAGAGCUGAGAUCCUGGACAAAGAAAACGACUCUCCUCCAAAUCUGAACUGGCUUGCUGACCUAGCAGAAAAACAGAAACUCGAAGUGGGUGUCAGAGUGCGGAGAUUAUCAUCGAGUCCGACUGCCUCUCACAAUCUGGCUGUGAGGAAGAAGGAAGAAUUGAAUCCAGCAACUUCACCGACUGCCGCUUCAAACCGCAAGAUCUCUUCGUAUUUUCAGCGGAAGUUGACUGAUUGACCAUAUUGUGCAGCUGGGGAUUAUUGGCAAAAUCUAUUGCAGCGUUCAGAUCUAGCAGCACUCUUGAUGAAACACUUCUUACCUUCAUUUAGUAGUAUUUCCUGACUGCCAUCUGUGAUGGUGUAUGGGAUUAAUUCAUUUACUUGUGAAAUAGGCUUAGGACGUUUUUUUAAAUGUGAUGCCUUUUUUGACUAUUGUUCGACCGUAUAUUUCCUCUUGUUUGCCAGCCAACUAAUUUAACAUCUAAUGAUAAUUUAUGUACCAGCAAUAACAUUUUGUAUUGGAUCUGUAGUUUGUGGAGCGAUGUACAGGGCUGCCAACAACACCUUAUUAUGCAGGCAAAUACAGGACUGAGAACUGCUCCCGCAUCAACACCAGCUCGCUGUGUAGUGUGAAGAGAUCAAAUCAUAGGGAAAAAAUGCAGACUACAAACUGUACCCCUAAAUUUAACUAAUCGAUGGUUUUGAGCAUUGAAGUAAUAAUCACUUAGUUCAUUGUAAGAUUUUUUUUACAUGUUAAAACCCGUGAUCCAUUUGAAUUUUAUCUAACUUUAAACUGUCUUCUAACAGGAUUUUACUCCCCCUAUUUUUUAAAUGCUCAAGAUUACAGCUAUAUUUAUUAAUUGUGUUACUGGUUGUUUUUGAUCGUAUUGCUUACCAUGCUAGAUUUUACCUACUUCAAUAACAUUUGGUGUCAAUUUAUUUUUUGUCUUGGCGUUGACUAAACCUUACUUUGCUUUGAUACCAACCUGCAUGACACACUGCGGGUAAUGUAGCUGUCUCCUAGCUCCAGUGAUCUGGCCUCAAUUCUGAUCGCCAUUGCUGUCUAGAGUUUGCAUAUUCUUCCUGUGAUCUCUUUAGUUUCCUCCGAUGUUCUGGUCAGUGGAUUAUUAAAUGCUGUAAAAUACUCCUGCUAUAGAUAACUAGAAAAACUGGUGUUAAUGGGCAGGUGUGAGAUAAGACAUGAGGAAAUGAGUGGGGAAAUGGGGUUGCUUAGAUAUCUAGCAUAGACCAAUUUACCGUGUCAUAUGGAAGCAUAGGAAUAAUUUGAAGCAAAACUAUCUGUACAUUGUUUGGAGACUGCCUUUUGUUCAUUGUAAUAGUUAUGAAUAGAACUAAAAAGCUCAGUUUUGUUUUCCAAUCUAAAACUAUAAGAUAUAACCAAAUAACAGGCCAACAUAUAAUGUUAUCUAAAGCAAUGUUCAGGUUACACUUAAUAGAAUCUCUCAGCCUUUGUCCAGACUUGUCUAUUUGAUUUCUGAAUGGAACUGUUGCAUUCUCAACUGAUAGCACUUCUGCAAUGGUAAAGCCCCAUUAUUUGUCAGGUGAAUUGUUCUAUGACAUUUUCCUGGUUUGUUUUCUGCAUUUAUUGUGGUACUAUUGCACUUUAAUUGCAGCCGGUUAAAUUGCUAAAGCAAUAAUACAGUUGCAACACAAUUAUCUUUGAAAUAAUAUACUGGUCAGUCUACGCAGAAGUUACAACUUCAAGUUUUGUAUGAGUUUGGAAAUUAAAGUUGCACCACGUACCUUUUGGUCGAUUCAGGCGUACAAAGGUUUGAACAUUAUCCAAGUAAGUAUUACAUCAAGGCCAUUUGGGAGGCAGAUUUGGUUUUGAACAAAACUCCCAACAAAAUCUGAGAAUUGUAAGAUGCAUAUCCUGUUCCGUUAUCUAGUUUUGCCAAAGGGCUUUCUGAGGGAUGGACAUUGGCAGUGUGGGCAAUAGCUCUGCCAUUGUAAAAUGUUUAUUUAACACAAUAAAAUAUCACUUGGUUGCAAGAGGAAUAA